AUGUCAGAAACAACAACAACAUCUACUACUAGUACAUCAGCAUCAUCAUCAACCAAUAUAUCACCACCUAUACAAUCAUUUUCAUCUAGGAGAAGAGCAAGCACUAAUAAUAGCAACUCUACAUCACCGACACUCAAUGUAGACCUAAUCAAUAAGUUGGCAUCUCAACCAGUGCCUAUCAUCAUGCCUCCAUCAUAUAAACCAGAGGCAAAGUAUGAGAAAUAUGUAAAUCAACUAGUGGGCAAGGUAAUCAUGUCUGCUGCACUCAUCUCUAAAACACCUGGUCCUAAAUUAAAGAAUAAUCUACUAGCACAAAAAGGAAUAUUAAUAAAGUUUAAUGAAACGAUUCAAAUAGUAGAUGCAAUAGCCAAAGGUAAAUUACAUUUGGAAUUAAUAAGUAUAUCUGGUACUAAAUAUGCAAUUACAACAGUUAAAGAAAGAUCAUUUUAUGGAUUUAAUACAAAUACAAAUAUAGGAGGAGGCAUUAUUUUAAUUAUACUAGAUAAUGCAAUUUUGGUGGCAUUGUUUCCUGCCUCAGUAUUGAUUGGUGAAGCUGUACCAUUUAUAGAAAAUUAUGUAUCAAAUACAAUCAUUACUUAA